AUGGGUCUGGAGCUCUACCUGGACCUGCUGUCCCAGCCCUGCCGCGCCGUCUACAUCUUCGCCAAGAAGAACGGCAUCCCCUUCGAGCUACACACUGUGGAGCUGCUCAAAUGUCAGCACCACAGCGAUGCCUUUGCCCAAGUGAACCCCCUUAAGAAGGUUCCAGCCUUGAAGGAUGGAGAUUUCACCUUAGCUGAGAGUGUGGCCAUCUUGUUGUAUAUGAGCCGCAAAUUUGAGACGCCUGAUCACUGGUAUCCUCAGGACCUGCAAAGCCGUGCCCGCGUGGACGAGUACCUGGCAUGGCAGCACACAGCCCUGCGGAGUAGCUGCACCCGGGUCCUAUGGCAGAAGGUGAUUAUUCCUAAAUUCAUGGGCCAACAAGUGCCACCUGAGAUGUUGGUGUCCACUCUGGCUGAACUGGAUAGAUGCCUGCAGCUGUUAGAAGACAAGUUCCUGAAGGACCAGGCCUUUCUUGCUGGGCCCCUUAUCUCUGUGGCUGACCUGGUAGCCAUCACAGAACUGAUGCAUCCCAUCUGUGCUGGCUGCCAUUUCUUCAAGAGCCGCCCCAAGCUGGAUGCAUGGCGUCAGCGAGUGGAGGCCGCUAUAGGGGACACCCUGUUCCAGGAGGCCCACGCUACCAUCAUGAAGAUCAAGGACCUGCCUCCAGCAGAUGCUACUAUAAAGGAGAAACUGAAGCCCUUGGUGCAGGUCCUUUUGCACUGA